AUGCUCCCACUACGGUCCGCCAUCUUGAGGCCAGGGCCGUCUCAGGAGGUGCUUCUUUGUUCACGAUGUCUGGUUCGAUCGCGACCACACACGCCAUCCGCGACCCGGGGCUUCUGGUCCUCUUCGCAUCGGCGAAUGGGCAUUGCAGCUAACCAGGCCAACUCCGCCUUUCACAAGACCUAUUUCUCGGCCAAUCGUCUAUAUGAUGCUACGGGUUUGAAAGGAGGAUUCAUCUCUUCAUUUGCCUCAACGAAUUCCGAUAAUGCGUCGUCUCCUCGCUCAUCAAAGACCGCCAAGGAUACAUCAGCCAACACUCCCGAUUCGUCCGAACCAGCAUCAUCCGGGCCAAUUGGUCCAGAUUCCAGUCAGAGUGAACUACCACAUCGAAGGAGGAAGCGUUUAAAGGAACAAGCAGCACAGAAUGGCUCAGCCGAGCCUGCCAUGCCACUCGAUGCCUCCGCCCAAUUGUCCAAUUUCUCGUCCUCUCUCCCCAUCACCUCCAUCCGCCGCAAGCUAGCCGCAUACCUUGCUCUUACGAAACCCCGACUAUCCUUCCUAAUCCUCCUUACUACCACAUCUGCCUAUGGCAUGUAUCCAAUCUCCUCAUUACUCGCGCUUGACCCGGCCAUGACCCCACUCCCAACCCUUUCGACCUCCACCCUCACUUUCAUAUACUUGACAGCGGGCACGUUCCUUUCAUGUUGCAGUGCAAACACAAUUAACAUGAUGCUUGAGCCCAAAUACGAUGCGUUGAUGUCGCGCACGCGCAAUCGCCCGUUGGUCCGGGGGCUGGUUUCGCGUCGUGGGGCGCUGCUAUUUGCUAUUGGCACUGCGGCGGCCGGUCUCGGAUUUUUGUACAUUGGUACUAACCCGACAACUACGGCGCUUUCUGCGGCGAACAUAAUCCUAUAUGGAUUCAUCUAUACCCCACUCAAACGGGUCAGUGUGAUCAACACUUGGGUUGGUGCUGUGGUGGGUGGUAUUCCACCCUUGAUGGGAUGGGUUGCGGCUGCAGGACAGACGGCAACGACUGGUCAUGAUACUUGGCGGGACAUGCUCUUCAGCGAGGACAGCAUCGGUGGGUGGCUAUUGGCCGGCAUUCUCUUUGCCUGGCAAUUCCCCCAUUUUAAUGCUCUGUCGCAUCUCAUCCGCGAUGAGUACAAGGCUGCUGGAUACAGGAUGCUGUGCUGGGUGAAUCCGGCUCAGAAUGCCCGUGUUGCCCUGCGCUACUCCGUGCUCAUGUUCCCCAUGUCCAUCGGCCUCUGGUGGGUCGGCGUAGUUGGGAACGGCUUCUUGGUUGGAAGUACCGUCGCCAACGGCUGGCUCGUUCGUGAGGCAUAUCGAUUCUGGCAACAUCAGGGAGCCCAGGGUUCUGCCCGAGGCCUCUUCUGGGCUAGUAUCUGGCAACUCCCUAUUCUUCUCGUGGGUGGUCUCGUCACCAAGAAGGGUCUCUGGGAUGGCGUCUGGCGCAACAUCUUUGGACAGCCAGAGGAAGAUGAGGACGAAUACUUGUAUUAUGAAGAUGGGGAAGAUGCCGAAGAUGACUCUACCCUCGUUAACGAAGAGAAGGCAUCCCCUCCAUCAAAACGGGCCAGUGUCUUGUCAACUGCAUAA